AUGAGAUUAUUAAAAAGUCAUCCUUUAUUAAAAUUAGUUAACUCAUAUCUUAUUGACGCUUCACAACCUAGUAACAUAAGUUAUUUAUGAAACUUCGGUUCUUUAUUAGCAUGUUGUUUAAUUAUACAAAUUGUAACUGGUGUAACAUUGGCAAUGCACUAUAGUCCUAACGUAUUAGAAGCUUUUAACUCUAUAGAACAUAUUAUGCGUGAUGUGAAUAAUGGAUGAUUAGUACGUUACUUACACAGUAACACAGCUUCAGCUUUCUUCUUCUUAGUUUAUUUACAUAUAGGAAGAGGAAUGUAUUAUGGAUCUUAUAGAGCUCCUAGAACAUUAGUUUGAGCUAUCGGAACAGUAAUCCUUAUACUUAUGAUGGCUACUGCCUUCCUGGGUUAUCAACAUAGCCCAAAAUGGUUUGAUAUAAGUAAUAAAGGUAGUAUAAGUAAUAAAGGUAAUAUCACAAAUUCGUUGCCCCCCCUCCUCCAGAGGUGGGGGGGAAGAAUAAACAAGAGAUUGUUUAACAAAAAUCUAGUAAAAAGAGGUUAUUGUACAAGUAGUUCUUUAAAUAGUCCUGAAAUGUCUGAAAGAUUACAAACGAUUAUUAAUGAAUUAGGUAUAAACCCUGUAUAUGUUUAUGAAGAUUUAAAUCAACCUUCCAGUUGAAAACAAAUAUUACAUGAUACAAGAGAUUUAAGCGGUGUAUAUAUGAUAAUUAAUAAAACAACAAAAGAUUAUUAUAUAGGUUCUGCAUCCAAUAAUAGAUUUUAUACUAGAUUCUGUAAUCAUGUUAUUCAUUUUACAGGUAGCAAAAUAGUUAAAUUAGCAAUUAAAAAGUAUGAAUUGAAAAAUUUUGCUUUUGUUAUAUUAGAUUUAUAUCCUAAUGUUGUUACCAAAGAAAAUAACAAGGAAUUAUUGGAUUUAGAAGAUAAAUAUUUAAAACUAUUAGUGCCUAAUUAUAAUAUUUUAACCGAAGCAGGUUCUAGUUUUGGUUACAAACAUACUGAAAUAGAUCGUCAAAAGAUGAAAGAUCUUUAUAGUGACGCUAGACGAGAAAAGAUAGGUAGUCUAAAUAGGGGUAAAAAGUUUUCUCCUGAAACAAUAGAAAAAAUAAGAGAAAAGGCUUUAACUAGACCUCCUAUGUCAGAAGAAACUAAAAUAAAAUGUAUUGCUAAUACAAGACCUGUUGUGUUAUAUAACUUGAAUAGAACUAUUUACGGUAAGUACUCUACUAUUUUAGAAGCAGCUAAUGCUAUUAACUGUAAUGAAAAAACCAUUAGAAGAGCACUGCAGACAGAAAAAAAAUUAGUUAAAAGACAGUGAAUAGUAGAAGAUUUUUCUGACAAAUAG